GCAUCCCCGGCCCCGCCGCCGCCGCCGCUCGGAGCAGGAGGCCAGAGCAGCAGGAUGCCGUUCUCCUGACCCCGAUCCCGGCAGGAUGUCGGGCCCACGCGGCCCCGGCGAGCAGUGGCCGGCGCUGGAGUCGGUGGGGCUGAGCCGCAAGGAGCUGGCGCUGGCCGAGGCGCUGCAGAUGGAAUACGACGCCUUAUCCCGGCUCCGCCAGGACAAGGAGGAGAGCCGGGCCAGGAAGGAGCAGCUCCGGGAGCGUUCCCUCAUCUCCUGGGAUGACCCCGUGGACAGGAACGGCUGCGCCGGCAUCAAAGCGGCGCGGGGGCUCUCGGGCUCCGACCCCACACUCAGCUACAAUGUCCCCGCUGUCCCCGAGGGUCCCCAAGCGCCACCCGGGCCCGGCCCGGCCCGGCCGGAGCCGCAGCCGUGGCGGAAGGGCCCCCUGAGCGGGGAUUACCUGUUCAUCUUUGAGGGCUCACAGCGGGAUUUCCUUGGGGAGCCCCUCAACGGCUCCGAGCCCCACAACGGUGGCGGUUCCCCCAAAAAGCUCUCUCCGCCGCCGCUGCCGCCGCGGCACCCGCUGUGGGGCUGUCCCGAGGGCGGCCAGCGCUCGGGGAAGGCGUCCCCACUGUCCCCCAAGGGCCAGGGCCAGCCCAGGGACAUCAACAUGUUCUCGGUGGCUCAGGACAAGCUUUUGGGGCGCCGCAUCUCCCAGGAGGAUCCCUACGGCGUGGACGCCAUCACCUGCCUCAACCUCAAGUCCACCUACGAGUCUGAGGUGCUGAGGGAAGCUUCCCGGGGCUGGAAGGAAGGCAGGAGCAUCCUGGAGAAGGAAUCCAGCGGGAAGCCGGUGGCACGGAGCAAGACCAUGCCCCCCCAGGUGCCCCCGCGCACCUACGGACCCCGCGUGGGCAACAGGAAGAACCUGGCGCCCAACAGGAACCGCAGGAUCUCCGUGGAGCCGGUGGCCCCCCGGCCGCACUCCUUGGCCAACGGCUACGAGCUCUUCGAGGUGUCUGAGGAGCGGGACGAGGAGGUGGCGGCGUUCUGUCACAUGCUGGAUGUGCUGCGCUCCAGCUCCAGCACCAAGGAUUAUUCCGGGACGGGGCUGGUGUGGAACGCGGUGAACCUGAGCGCGGAGCAGCCGGGCGCCGGCGUCAGCCUGAAGGUGACGGUGGUGUGCGACAGCCUGAGGGAGCCGCUGACCUUCACCUGCGACUGCUCCUCCACCGUGGACCUGCUGAUUUACCAGGCCCUGUGCUACACCCACGACGAGCUGCACGCCGUGGACGUCGAGGAUUUCCUGCUCAAAAUCUGCGGCCUGGAGGAAUUCCUGCAGAACAAACACACGCUGGGCAGCCACGAGCACAUCCAGCACUGCAGGAAAUUCGACAUCGACAUCCGGCUGCAGCUGCUGCGGAGGAAGGGAGCGCGCAGCGAGCUGGCCCGCACGGCCAGCGAUGACCAGAGCCCCUCCACCCUCAACCACCACAUCCACCUGCAGGAGCGGCCCCUCAAACAGACCAUCAGCAGAUCCGCCUUUCCCGCAGAGAGGAUCGUGGAGAGCCUGACGGCCGCCAUCCUCAACCUGGUGGAGCUCUACUGCAGCACCUUCAACGCGGAUUUCCAGACGGCCGCGCCCGGGAGCCGCGAGCUGGGCGCGGCGCAGGAGGCGAGGCUGCUCACCUGCCCGCUGGCCUUCACCGUCUACGCCACCCACCGCAUCCCCAUCACCUGGGCCGCCAGUUGGGGUCACAGGGGUGCCACCUCCUCACCCUCCCUGACCCUGUCCCCGUGUCCCCGCAGGCUGACAGACGCGGACCGGCAGCGGCUGUGGGAGAAGCGCUGCCACUGCCACGCGUCCCCCGGCGCCCUGCCCAUGCUGCUGGCCAGUGCCCCCAGCUGGGACUGGGGCUGCCUGCCCGACAUCUACGCCCUGCUCAGCCAGUGGACCUCCAUGAGCCACCAGGACGCCCUGGGGCUGCUGCACGCCACGUUCCCAGACCAGGAGGUGAGGAGGACGGCCGUGCAGUGGAUUGACUCCAUCUCGGACACGGAGCUGCUGGAUUACCUGCCCCAGCUGGUCCAGGCCCUGAAGUACGAGUGCUACCUGGACAGCCCCCUGGUGCGCUUCCUCAUGAAGAGAGCCAUUUGUGACCUGAAGAUCACCCACUACUUCUUCUGGCUGCUGAAGGAUGGCCUCAAGGACUCGCAGUUCAGCAUCCGGUACCAGUACCUGCUGGCAGCGCUGCUGUGCUGCUGCGGGAAGGGGCUGCGGGAGGAGUUUGACCGGCAGUGCCUGUUGGUCAACACGCUGGCCAGGCUGGCGCAGCAGGUCCGGGACGCCGCCCCAUCCGCCCGCCAGGGCAUCCUGCGCGAGGGGCUGGAGGACGUGGCGCAGUUCUUCAAGGCCCACGGCUCGUGCCGGCUGCCGCUCAGCCCCAGCCUGCUGGUCAAGGGCAUCGUGCCCCGGGACUGCUCCUACUUCAACUCCAACGCCGUCCCGUUGAAGCUCUCCUUCCAGAACGUGGAUCCGCUCGGGGAGAACAUCCGCGUCAUCUUCAAGUGUGGCGAUGACCUGCGGCAGGACAUGCUGACGCUGCAGAUGAUCCGCAUCAUGAACAAGAUCUGGGUGCAGGAGGGGCUGGACAUGCGCAUGGUCAUCUUCCGCUGCUUCUCCACCGGCCGUGGGAGAGGCAUGGUGGAGAUGAUCCCCAACGCCGAGACCCUGCGGAAGAUCCAGGUGGAGCACGGCGUGACCGGCUCCUUCAAGGACCGGCCACUGGCAGACUGGCUGCAGAAACACAACCCCAAAGAGGAUGAGUAUGAGAAGGCCGUGGAAAACUUCAUCUACUCCUGCGCCGGCUGCUGCGUGGCCACCUACGUGCUGGGCAUCUGUGACAGGCACAACGACAACAUCAUGCUCAAGACCACGGGCCACAUGUUCCACAUCGAUUUCGGCAGGUUCCUGGGCCACGCCCAGAUGUUCGGCAACAUCAAGAGGGACCGGGCGCCGUUCGUCUUCACCUCGGACAUGGCGUACGUCAUCAACGGUGGGGACAAGCCCUCCAGCCGCUUCCACGACUUCGUGGACCUCUGCUGCCAGGCCUACAACCUGAUCCGCAAGCACACCCACCUCUUCCUCAACCUGCUGGGGCUGAUGCUGUCCUGUGGCAUCCCCGAGCUCUCCGACCUGGAGGACCUCAAGUACGUCUACGACGCUCUGAGGCCGCAGGACUCCGAUGCCGAUGCCACCACCUACUUCACCAGGUUGAUCGAGUCCAGCCUGGGGAGCGUGGCCACCAAGCUCAACUUCUUCAUCCACAACCUGGCGCAGAUGAAGUUCACGGCCUCGGACGCCCGGCCCACGCUGUCUUUCGCCCCCCGCACGCACACCCUCAAAACGUCCGGCCGGAUCCGCGACGUCUUCCUCUGCCGCCACGAGAGGGUCUUCAACCCCAGCAAGGGCUACACCUACGUGGUGAAGGUGCAGAGGGACAACCCGAGCGAGGUGACCUUCGUGCAGCGCACCUUCGAGGAGUUCCAGGAGCUGCACAACAAACUGCGCCUCCUCUUCCCCUCCUCGCUGCUGCCCAGCUUCCCCAGCAGGUUCGUCAUCGGGCGCCCGCGGGGCGAGGCGGUGGCCGAGCGGCGCAAGGAGGAGCUCAACGGCUACAUCUGGCACCUGAUCCACGCCGCCCCCGAGGUGGCAGAGUGUGACCUCAUCUACACCUUCUUCCACCCCCUGCCCCGGGAUGAGAAGGCAGCUGGAACCAACCUGACCCCGAAGCCGGCAGACGCCACAUGGGCUCGCUCCCUGGGCAAGGUCGGCGGGGAGGUGAAGCUCUCCAUCUCCUACAAGAACAACAAGCUCUUCAUCAUGGUGAUGCACAUCCGAGGGCUGCCACCCCUGCAGGACGGCAACGACCCCGACCCCUACGUCAAGACCUACCUGCUGCCCGACCCCCAAAAAACCACCAAGAGGAAAACCAAAGUGGCCCGAAAAACCUGCAACCCCACCUACAACGAGAUGCUGGUGUACGACGGGAUCCCCCGGGGGGACCUGGAGCAGCGGGAGCUGCGGCUGAGCGUGCUGAGCGAGGAGGGAUUUUGGGAGAACAUCCUGCUGGGGGAGGUGGGAAUUCGCCUCCGCGACUUGGACCUGGCCCAGGAGAAGAUGGGCUGGUUCGCCCUGGGCUCCCGCGGCCACGGCACCCUCUGAGUCCCCCCCUCCCACCCCGGGACCCCCGGGUGUGUCCCCAAAAGGGCGCUGCCCAGGUGGCUUCUUUUUUAAGUUUACCUUGUGUCAAGGGAGCAACGCGGGGCGGGAGGGGCGUGGGGCGGUUCGGGGGUUAUUUCUUCCUUUGGGAUAUCCGUAUUUUAAUUUUUUUUUAAUAACGAGUAGCGUGAGCACCGGUGGAGGGGGAGGUGGCACGGGGGGUGGGGAGGGGUUGGGGGGUGUGUGGACCUCCCCAGCCCAGGAAUCGGGCAAUUCCCACCGCGGGGAAUUCGCUCCCAAAGGAGAGCGGCGUGGCGGGGUGCCCGUCCCGUGUGGCUGCCGGCCACCUCUGCUGUCCCCUUGCCCUGGGGACAUCCGUGUCCUCCCCGCCUGCCACCCGGCUCCGGGUGCGGGCUUGGUGCCUGUGGUGCUUUGUUUACAGCGACAGCUCCGUAAACGGACGAAAUGUUUCUCAGGAUCGAGAAUAAUUAACUUUAACCUUUAUAUUAAAAGUUUUAAAUAUUGGA